AGCUAUGCUAUAUAAGUGAAGUAGUGAACUAAGACGCAUCAUGUCUAGAGGGUAAAGCUUUCAUCUAUUAUAUCUUUUUCUCCUGUGAAGAGACUAGAUAUGUUACCUUCUCGAUGUGCUUCUGUCCUCCGAGGUGUCCUGUGUAGACAUGCAGGAACUUUUAUCACACCUUCUUCUCUUCAUUCUUCCUUAUCACUGGCUGAGAAGGAGGGCGGAAAAGAGAAUAUAAGAAUACUGGACGUCAGAAGCCCCGAGCAGUACUCGACUGCCCACAUACCCACCGCUGCCAACUGCCACGAGAUAUUCACCUACCUUACCACAAGCGAUGAGCCUGGAGUGAAGAAACUGGUCGAUACUUUUACUGAUUCAUUUCAGAGGGCAGGGAUAAAUGGAGAAAUUGGAGAGAGAGUAGUGACAUAUGAGAACUCCCUAGACUCCCUUUACGGUGCUAGCUGCAGAGGAAUGUGCCUACUCCAACUCCUUGGACAUCAAAACGUUUCAGUACUUGAGGGUGGACUGGACAGAUGGAUUGCUGAAGGAUAUCCAACCAGUACAGACUCGGAUGAAGUCCAAAGAGGGUCCUUUAAAGCAAAAUGGUCUCCAAAUCAUGUAUGGGCUGAUAUGCAUGAAGUUGCAGAAGCAAUCAGGGAACAAAAUGCUGUGCUACUGGAUGUACGUGACAUAGAGGAGUGGACAGGAGAGUCCUCUUCACCUUACGGUGUAUCCUUUACUCCACAAAAAGGUCGUCUACCGGGAUCAGUUCACAUACUGUGGAGGGACUUCAUGGAGAAGAGAAGUGAUGGUUCCUGUCAUUUUAAAGCACCUGAAGUCAUAAGAGAAAUGUGUGCUCAAAAGGGCAUUAGACCAGAGCAGAAUGUGAUUGUCUAUUGCUUUAAAGGAGCAAGAGCUUCUAAUACGUUAUUAGCAUUGAAAGAGGCCGGAUUUAAGAACAUCAAGAAUUAUUUUGGUUCGUGGAAUGAAUGGUCAAGACACCCUGAACUAGAAAUUGACUCUCGUUUGUUGAAUUAAAAGGUACAACUUGCUGAUUUUUAUGUAUACUUUUAAUUUUAUUUUAGCUUGAAUGUGUGUAUAAUGUUAUUUAAUUAAAUAUAUACCAGUCACACUAACAGAUUAUUAUGGUCAUGUUUUUGUAAAUUCAAUGUAAACAAUUUAAUUUUGUACCUUAUUACAUUCAUUUAUUGACUAUUUAUAAUUACGUUAAGAAGCCAG